UAGAUGGAAUGGUCCGAACACGUGCCAUUCUAGCACGUGCGCAUUGUGAAGGUGCGUGUAGAAAAAGUACGCGCGGGGAUCGCAAAAUGCUAUUUAUUCCCGUGCUCGUCUUCUAUAUUCGCUCGCCACCUAUCGUUUUUGCUCUCUGUCUGCAUUCUUCUUCUAUUCCCAAAAUACCCUUCAGAAAAACCCAAAAUACACAAAUGGGUUGCAACGGGUCCAAACACGACGUCGCCACCGGAAACACCACCAACAGCCACCGUUUUCUCCGACGGAAGAAGUCAGACGGCGGCAGAAGCAAUGCCCUCUCUACCAUCCCGGAAACUGACGUCAGCAGCGUGAAAUCACUGGAGAAAUCCGAGACGCAGAACGUCGAUGACGAGAAGCCGGCGAUGGCCGACGUGAAGGACAUCAUCGUUAAUACGGAGAAGGAGGAGGUGGCUUUUGGGAAGGCCGGAGACGAGCACGAAUACGGGAAGCUGGUGUCGAGGGAUUCUCCCGAUCGGUAUUUCUCAUCGAGGAAGGAUGAAGAGCAGGUGGCUGCCAUCAUCGGGGAAGCAAACGAAUUUUACUCGCCGAGAUUCGAGCCGGUGCACGGUUUGAUCGACGGUGGGGAUGAGAAGGUUUAUGACGCGAUAGAAACGGACAGCCAGAGUGAAAAUAGCUUGAUUGACGAAAGUGAUGAUAAAAGAAAGAAACAAGGAGAAGAAAAAGGAGAGAAUGAAGGUGUUGUUCUGAAAGAGCCUAUCUUAGUAGUAGCAGCGAAAUUGGAAUCUAACAUUGCAAAUCAACAAAAUGCCUGUGUGGACGAAAUAACUGAGGAUAAGAAAAGAGCAUAUUCAAGGGUGGAGAUUGAAGAAGGUAUGAUGUCGAGGACCCAUGAAGGAGCAUGACUCACAGGUCUACCAAGGACCCAUGAUGCAUUCAAGGGUGGAGAUUGAAGAAAGAUUAAUGUCAAUCUUAAAAUUUAUCUUUGAAAUGAUGAAUAUUUUUUAGAAAAAAAU